AUGCACGCUGCUCACCCGACUGGUGGUAUGCACGCUGCUCACCCGACUGGUGGUAUGCACGCUGCUCACCCGACUGGUGGUAUGCACGCUGCUCACCCGACUGGUGGUAUGCACGCUGCUCACCCGACUGGUGGUAUGCACGCUGCUCACCCGACUGGUGGUAUGCACGCUGCUCACCCGACUGGUGGUAUGCACGCUGCUCACCCGACUGGUGGUAUGCACGCCGCUCACCCGACUGGUGGCAUGCACGCUGCUCACCCGACUGGUGGCAUGCACGCUGCUCACCCGACUGGUGGCAUGCACGCUGCUCACCCGACUGGUGGCAUGCACGCUGCUCACCCGACUGGUGGCAUGCACGCUGCUCACCCGACUGGUGGCAUGCACGCUGCUCACCCGACUGGUGGCAUGCACGCUGCUCACCCGACUGGUGGCAUGCACGCUGCUCACCCGACUGGUGGCAUGCACGCUGCUCACCCGACUGGUGGCAUGCACGCUGCUCACCCGACUGGUGGCAUGCACGCUGCUCACCCGACUGGUGGCAUGCACGCUGCUCACCCGACUGGUGGCAUGCACGCUGCUCACCCGACUGGUGGCAUGCACGCUGCUCACCCGACUGGUGGCAUGCACGCUGCUCACCCGACUGGUGGCAUGCACGCUGCUCACCCGACUGGUGGCAUGCACGCUGCUCACCCGACUGGUGGUAUGCACGCUGCUCACCCGACUGGUGGUAUGCACGCUGCUCACCCGACUGGUGGUAUGCACGCUGCUCACCCGACUCGUGGUAUGCACGCUGCUCACCCGACUCGUGGUAUGCACGCUGCUCACCCGACUCGUGGUAUGCACGCUGCUCACCCGACUGGUGGUAUGCACGCUGCUCACCCGACUGGUGGUAUGCACGCUGCUCACCCGACUCGUGGUAUGCACGCUGCUCACCCGACUGGUGGUAUGCACGCUGCUCACCCGACUGGUGGUAUGCACGCUGCUCACCCGACUGGUGGUAUGCACGCUGCUCACCCGACUGGUGGUAUGCACGCACACUGGUAUACAAUAUUCGUUAUACUGUAUUCGGAUUUCCCGCUGCUCACCCGGCUGGUGGUAUACACGCUGCUCACCCGGCUGGUGGUAUACACGCUGCUCACCCGGCUGGUGGUAUACACGCUGCUCACCCGGCUGGUGGUAUACACGCUGCUCACCCGGCUGGUGGUAUACACGCUGCUCACCCGGCUGGUGGUAUACACGCUGCUCACCCGGCUGGUGGUAUACACGCUGCUCACCCGGCUGGUGGUAUACACGCUGCUCACCCGGCUGGUGGUAUACACGCUGCUCACCCGGCUGGUGGUAUACACGCUGCUCACCCGGCUGGUGGUAUACACGCUGCUCACCCGGCUGGUGGUAUACACGCUGCUCACCCGGCUGGUGGUAUACACGCUGCUCACCCGGCUGGUGGUAUACACGCUGCUCACCCGGCUGGUGGUAUACACGCUGCUCACCCGGCUGGUGGUAUACACGCUGCUCACCCGGCUGGUGGUAUACACGCUGCUCACCCGGCUGGUGGUAUACACGCUGCUCACCCGGCUGGUGGUAUACACGCUGCUCACCCGGCUGGUGGUAUACACGCUGCUCACCCGGCUGGUGGUAUACACGCUGCUCACCCGGCUGGUGGUAUACACGCUGCUCACCCGGCUGGUGGUAUACACGCUGCUCACCCGGCUGGUGGUAUACACGCUGCUCACCCGGCUGGUGGUAUACACGCUGCUCACCCGGCUGGUGGUAUACACGCUGCUCACCCGGCUGGUGGUAUACACGCUGCUCACCCGGCUGGUGGUAUACACGCUGCUCACCCGGCUGGUGGUAUACACGCUGCUCACCCGGCUGGUGGUAUACACGCUGCUCACCCGGCUGGUGGUAUACACGCUGCUCACCCGGCUGGUGGUAUACACGCUGCUCACCCGGCUGGUGGUAUACACGCUGCUCACCCGGCUGGUGGUAUACACGCUGCUCACCCGGCUGGUGGUAUACACGCUGCUCACCCGGCUGGUGGUAUACACGCUGCUCACCCGGCUGGUGGUAUACACGCUGCUCACCCGGCUGGUGGUAUACACGCUGCUCACCCGGCUGGUGGUAUACACGCUGCUCACCCGGCUGGUGGUAUACACGCUGCUCACCCGGCUGGUGGUAUACACGCUGCUCACCCGGCUGGUGGUAUACACGCUGCUCACCCGGCUGGUGGUAUACACGCUGCUCACCCGGCUGGUGGUAUACACGCUGCUCACCCGGCUGGUGGUAUACACGCUGCUCACCCGGCUGGUGGUAUACACGCUGCUCACCCGGCUGGUGGUAUACACGCUGCUCACCCGGCUGGUGGUAUACACGCUGCUCACCCGGCUGGUGGUAUACACGCUGCUCACCCGGCUGGUGGUAUACACGCUGCUCACCCGGCUGGUGGUAUACACGCUGCUCACCCGGCUGGUGGUAUACACGCUGCUCACCCGGCUGGUGGUAUACACGCUGCUCACCCGGCUGGUGGUAUACACGCUGCUCACCCGGCUGGUGGUAUACACGCUGCUCACCCGGCUGGUGGUAUACACGCUGCUCACCCGGCUGGUGGUAUACACGCUACUGCAGCUCUUGUUGGCAGAUGCCGACACGUUGACUACCAACCCAUGCGGUAUGGGACGGAGGCAGCCCCAGUCACCGCCAAAGGAGGAACGGGAGCGGGCAGGCCAACGGGAUCGGGCAGGCCAACGGGAGCGGGCAGGCCAACGGGAGCGGGCAGGCCAACAGGAGCGGGCAGGCCAACGGGAGCGGGCAAGCCAACGGGAGCGGGCAGGCCAAUGGGAGCGGGCAAGCCAACGGGAUUGGGCAGGCCAACGGGAGCGGGCAAGCCAACGGGAGCGGGCAGGCCAACAGGAGCGGGCACACCAGAGGGCGUAG